CAGGCAAAUUUUGUUAAAGCCAAAUAUUGAAGUGAAUAAAAACUUCCAGUUUUAUCAUCCUUAAAAACUCGCAAUUGAUGAUUUAUUAAAACACAUAAAUAAGUUUGUAUUUCAAGUACAGCGCGGUUCGUGCGUAGUGAAUGGCAUUUAACCGCCAGUGCGUGCACAUUACAAUUUCGUAUAAGCUUGUAGUGUACACACUGCAAACUGCGGGAGAUUUGCAAAUUGCCGUAUUUUUCUUGUAAUCCUUGCCACAAUUAUUUGGCAUGGCGCAUACACGUGAGAUUCUGACAUUUCAAUUCGGUACCUAUGCGAAUUACGUGGGUGCCCAUUUCUGGAACCAACAAGAGGCAAAUUUUGUUUACGAUGGCCAAGGCGAGGUCGACGAACAAGGCUUACCGAAUAAUGACAUUCUGUACAGAGAGGGUCAAAAUGAUCAGAACCAAUCCACAUAUACACCCCGCCUUCUGUCUGUUGACUUGGCCGGCACAUUAGCUCAUUUGCCACUUGCCGGUGAACUUUAUGGUGAUUUUAUUCAGCGCAAGCGGGACGAGCUGGACGCGUCCGGUGAUGGGGUAGAGAGCACCAAAAAGGCGCUGGAGGCCAAUCAGCUCUCAACUAGCGGAAAGGUGGAAGUGCGUGAGGAACCGCCAACGCCCAUGUCCGAGUACCAGCGCGACCUCUUAAUGGGCGCGGUUAACACGCUUGAUAGGGAUUACAAACUGGCCGAAACCUGUCGAACCUGGGCGGAUUUUCUUUACGCACGAUAUCACCCGCGUACGCUUAACGUGCUGCAUCAAUACACAAGCAAUCCGGAUUUGCAGGCGCUUGGCACGCAUACCGCCGGAGCUGAGCUGUGGUCUUCAUCUUUUGAGGAAGACUUUUGUGAUCGCAUACGUCUUUACGUGGAGGAGUGUGAUGGGCUGCAGGGCUUCCAGCUGCUUUUCGACAUUGACGACGGCUUCAGCGGGCUGGCCACCAAAUGCUUGGAGCACUUGAACGAUGAAUAUAGCCGUGCGAGCUUCGUGGUGCCAUUGCAUUAUCCCCGCAACUUAUCCUAUGCACAAGCAGAUACCCGCACCUCCCACAACAUUCGCGUGGUCAACGCCGUGCUAAGCUACAAUCAUUUGAGCGACUAUGCCACAAUGUUUACUCCACUUUCCACACUGGAGAGCAUUUGGCGCAACAACACGCUGAAGUCGCGUCACAUGCCCGGCCUGCACUGGCAAGCGGACAAUCUCUAUCAAACGUCGGCUGUGCUGGGAUCCUAUCUUGACACCAUUUCGCUAAGCUAUCGCAUGCGCCAGACACCCGAGACGCUGCUCCGCUUUUGUGACCGCGUAGGUGUGGCCGGUCGCAAGCUGACAGCAGCUGCGUUUGCCUUGCCCUUGGACAUGCUGGACAAGCAGGAUCUCAUUGAGUGCCUCGACCAACGUGGUGGGAAGCCAUUACUUACCCAAAUAACGCCCCAAUGUGAGCCAGGUACAGCACAUGUCGUUCAGUCAGUUGUGGCGCGCGGAAUUCCCGUUUCGCGUCUUAAGCGCCCUCCCGAACAGGCAGGUGAACAGCUUCGUAUGGCCGCCUAUAACUGCGGCAGCAUAUCCCAGAUGCUUCAGCUCUAUUAUCAGUGUGCCUACCAUAACAGCCUGUCCAAUGUCAUAUCAACAGUGCUACCUAUUAAAACGCAGUUGCCGUUUCCCUACGAACUCUUUGACAAAAACGUUAACAUCGAUGGGUACAAGCUGCCAGGUGAGGCGCAACGUGAUGCUGGCACCCGGGUGGCCAGUGCACCCGCGUUGGGUGCCCUCCAGAGUUCCAGCCGAUUGGGUGAGCACAUCGACGCACUUCACGCGCAGACACAUCGCGUUCAACUUGCCAAGCUGCAGAGCUACUCGCAGGCGGGCCUGGAGCGUGAGGAGUACGAGACGGCGUUGGAACAUCUUCUCGAAUUUAGAGAUAACUACUCAGAUUCGCAGUAUUUGUAAAUUAAGGGACAACAGAACAUGAAAAUUGUGAUCGUUAUACGUCCAAAGGACGGCGGCCAUUUGUGAUUUAAAGAAUGUAACUAAAUAAAGCAAAUAGUAGCGAUGAA